UUUAUUAAAGAAAGGGUUGCUGCUGAAAGUGGACCACUUCUGUUACAGUGUUGCAUUAUACACAACUCUGUGUAAUGAAAACAAUGAUGUCUGCUGCACUGUCAUUCAUUCUUUUUCUCUCCUCUUUGAGUUUGGCAUCCACGGAUGUCUAUGAGGAUCUCUGGAAUAUGAACUUGGACAUCGCAAACAAGACGCUCCAGCUCGACUUCUUACAGCAAAUGCAAACCAACAGCCUGCAAGCUGAGCGCUACGUCAACUUCACUUUGCAGGACAUCAACUACGUGCAAGAGGUUACCAAAAUGCUGAAGACGAUGAGCAAGAAGGUCAGCAAACCAAACGACAUUAGAGACUUCAUGACAGGAAGAUACACAAGUUACAAGAAAUUUCUGGACUUGUUACUUCAGCAAUAUUUCUUACAGGGUACACCUUUUAUCAAUCCAACACCAGCCAUGAAGAAAUAUCUGGCAACUUACAGUAAGACGAUGAAGAAAGACCCUAUCUACUUUGCUGUGGCUCUCUUGCCCUGUGCCAGGCUCUGGGUAUGGCUAGCUAACAAUCUGAACAUAUCUAAUACCAAUGUCUACUUCACAUGGAAGGAAGACAAUAAGGAUGGCCACCCUGAAAAGCAUUACAAAGCUUUACUGAACAAAUAUCUAAACACACACACAAAAAAAAAAUAUGCCAAAGACCUGUUCCAAAAGCAAAUGCAGAAUGAGCAUGACUUCUUUGCCACUUCUUAAGUUGAUCAUAUUGUAAAUUUUGGCAGGCUUAUCCUUUUUUUCAUUCAACAGGUUGGUCCUUUACUGAAAUUAUAAAUAUAAAUGUGUUUAACAAACAGUUGAACCCUCACAAAAUCAGCGGACACUUUUUACAAUUUUAUUAAUUGCCUUUGUCAUUAAUUUUAUUGACUUAGAUUAGUUCUUGGUUUAAGACAUGUAUUUCAACACAAUCAUUUAAAAAUGUAA